AUGGCUGUCCACUGUGCUGAGGACACCUCCAGAAGGCCGGCCUCCGCCGUCAUCAUCCGCAGCAGCGCCGGCCCUGCUCGCGAGUUUGCGCUUUGCGAGGUGGAGGUGCAAGUGGCGCCUGUUCCUUGCGACUUGCUCUUGGACAAGGGCUGGACCAUCCAUGGCCGUGUUGUCCUGAUCUUCCCUCCAGGCGAGGCAAGCCGAGCAAAGUUGGAGGAUGCGGGUGAAGCAUGCGAGAGAGCAGGUGGCAGCUUCGUUGAGACUCGAAGCCGUCCAGGACGAGCUCUUUGUGUUGAGGCAGCAUGUGCCCCUUCCAGAUGCCUGGAGGAGUUCGAUACUGAGGUCGAGAACUUCGCACCUUUGACCGUACUCGGCCUUUGGAACCACGAUUUGGAACGAGUAGCUGAUGAGUGCGGUGAUUUGGGUCACUCCAAGGCCCGCAUGUUCGAGGCCACUGUCAUGAUCUACAACGGCGGGCAUCCGGAUGUGGGAGGGUCGCAGAUGACCACGCACUGGUGUCUCAACCUCAUGGACUCCGUGCUGCCAGUAAGCCUCCUUUCGUGGCCGCACAACAGCGUGAAGGAGAGCAAUGAUGUGACCGUGUCGAGAAGCCGCUCGGCCGGGCAAGUUUCCCGCCUCCCAGCUACCAUGUCAUGCUCUACUGCGCUGGACGCCACAGCCACGCACCAAGAGCAGAGAUGGUCCUUGGCCACAAGUGCCCCGUUGCUGCAUGACGUGUGGGCCAAAGCUCGUGAUGUCGAGCUGACCCGCUUCACGUAUCACGUGCCUGGACGGACACUGGGCCCGUUCCUUCGCGCCCAGUCGUCGCCCACACCGCACCGAAUCGUCGCAGAUAAAAGCACCAAAGAGCUGUUUGAAGCGUGUGCUUCACGCGAGGAGGAGGUGUACUUCUAUUCUGGCCUCGCCGAAGGUGCAGGUGGAUUGAUCCACGAAGACGUCCAAAAUCUAGUGAGGACCUUCUCCGAUGCUGUGCGCGCAGUGGCAGCCAAAAGCCUUGAGGCGAAAGCAAACGUUUGGAUCUCCUGUCCUUUAACUGGGGCAUCUGCCCAUUACGACAUGGGUCACAACGUGGUGAUUCAGAUAUUUGGUGUUAAAGCCUUCGAUUUGUUGCCGCCGUCUUCCUUGCAGACGCUGCCCAUACCACCGACUGGACACCCCUAUGCUCGCCAGGCGAUGAACGACACAGGAUCUACGUUCUCAACUAUCACGUUACAGCCUGGCGAUGCGCUGUACCUUCCUCCCCUGUGGGCACAUCGCACGUCCUCUGGCGCAGAAGGCUUGGUUGUUGUUCACUGA